AUGGCCGCCCUCCGCCGCCUUCUCCUCCCCAUCCUCGCUCUCCUAGUCCUACACCCACUCCGCACCGUCACCUCCUCCGACGCCGGCCACCUCCUCGCCGCCAAGCACGAGCUCUCCGACCCCGCCGGCGCCCUCUCCGGCUGGGAUGCCCGGCACCACCUCUGCGCAUGGCCGCACGUGACCUGCGCCAAGAAAUCCACCACCGCCGUCGCCGAGCUGUACAUCUACAACCUCUCCAUCGCCGGCGUUUUCCCGUCAUCGCUCUGCUCCCUGAGGUCCCUGCGGCGCCUCAACCUCGCCGGGAACGACAUCGCCGGCCCCCUGCCCGCCUGCCUCGCCGACCUCCCGGCGCUCUCGGACCUCGACCUCUCCGGCAACUACUUCUCCGGCGGGGUCCCGGCGGCCUACGGCGCCGGCUUUCGGUCGCUCGUCGAGUUCAAGAUGGUCCAGAACUCCCUCUCCGGCAACUUCCCGGCGUUCCUCACCAACCUCACCACCCUCAAGGUGCUCCAGCUCGCCUACAACCCCUUCACGCCGUCGACAUUGCCGGACAAUCUCGGCGACCUCGCCAACCUCCGUCAGCUAUAUCUCGCCAGUUGCAACCUCACCGGUAAAAUCCCCUCUUCCAUCGGAAACCUUGGGAAUCUGGGCAAUCUGGACCUCUCUUUUAACCGCCUCUCCGGCGAGAUACCCGCAAGCGUUGGGAAUUUGAGCUCUCUGUUCCAGAUGGAGGCCUACAGCAACCACCUAUCCGGGAAGAUACCGGAGGGGCUGGGGAGCCUCAAGAUGCUCCGUAACAUUGACAUCUCCAUGAACCUGUUCACCGGCGAGCUACCGGCGGACAUGUUCGCCGGGCCAAGCCUGGAGAGCGUGCACAUCUACCAGAACCAGCUCACCGGGCGCCUUCCGGCGUCGCUCGGGACGGCGCGGCGCCUGACCGAUCUGAGGAUGUUCGAGCUUGUGGCUUCAGAUAACAGCUUCUCCGGUCGGGUGCCUCCAUCGCUUGUUCAGCUUUCCCAGCUUUUCCUGCUGGAUUUGAGUAACAAUUCACUCUCUGGGGAGAUCCCAGGGGUCUUUGGACGGUUCAAGAGGCUGACAAGACUGAACCUUUCGCAUAACCACCUCACUGGAAUCAUCCCUCCAGAGAUAGGCGAAACCAGCGGUAUGGAUAUGCUGGAUUUGUCCAACAAUGAGCUUUCCGGUGGGGUGCCCGCGCAACUGCAGAACCUUCACCCCAGUGCUUUCAACCUCUCCUACAACAAGCUCCGUGGACCUCUGCCUCGUUUCUUCACCGCCUCCAGGUACCGAGAGAGCUUCCUGGGCAACCCUGGCCUGUGCUACGGGCUAUGCACAAGCAAUGCCGAUCCAGACGCCAUCCAGCGCGCCCGGAUCAACAUGGCCGCCACCAUCCUCUCCACGGCGGCCAUCAUCCUGCUCAUCGCUCUCGCAUGGUUCACCUACAAGUACAGAAUCUACAAGAAACGCGCCGCCGAGAUCGACUGCGAGAAGGCGACCUGGGUGCUCACGUCCUUCCACAGGGUGGACUUCGACGAGAUGGACAUCGUCAACAGCCUCGACGAGAGCAACGUGAUCGGUGAAGGCGCCGCGGGGAAGGUGUACCGGUCCGUCGUCGGGCCGAGGAGCGAGGCCGUCGCCGUCAAGAAGCUCUGGGCGACCACAACCGCCGACGGUGCCACCGUGGACAACAGCAAGGACGACGACACCUUCGAGGCCGAGGUGGCCACGCUCAGCAGGAUCAGGCACAAGAACAUCGUCAAGCUCUUCUGCUCCGUCACCAGCAGGGCCUGCCGGCUGCUCGUCUACGAGUACAUGCCCAACGGCAGCCUCGGGGACCUGCUCCAUGGCGCCAAGGCCGGCGUCCUGGAUUGGCCGGCGAGGCUCAAGAUCGCCGUCCAUGCCGCUGAGGGCCUCUGCUACCUGCACCAUGACUGCGUGCCCUCCAUUGUGCACCGUGACGUCAAGUCCAACAACAUCCUCCUCGAUGCCGAGUUUGGCGCCAAGGUUGCGGAUUUCGGUGUGGCCAAGACUCUUGGAGAUGAGCCGGCCACCAUGUCCGUCAUCGCUGGCUCCUGCGGUUACAUCGCUCCUGAGUAUGCCUACACCCUUCAUGUAACCGAGAAGAGCGACGUGUUCAGCUUUGGCGUGGUCAUUCUGGAGCUCGUCACUGGCAAGAGCCCUAUGGCGCCUGAGAUCGGCGAGAAGGACCUGGUGGCGUGGGUGUGCGACACCAUUGAUCAAAACGGUGCGGAGUCUGUUCUUGAUCAGAAGCUCGCCGACCAGUUCAAGAACGAGAUGCGCAGGGUUUUGAACAUCGGCCUACUGUGUGUCAACAAGUCCCCGAACAACCGCCCACCGAUGAGGUCUGUGGUGAAGUUGCUGCUGGAGGUGCAGGGAGAGAACAAGCCCAAGGCCAAGAAGGAGGCGGCCCCUGCCGUCUGAUCUGGGGGCAAAUAGAGAAUCCUCUGAAGAACCAUUGAUAGGAAUAAAUGCUAAUCUGUGCUUUACUUGGAUCAUGUACUUAAUACCAUUAGCUGUUAUAGCAGCUAGCUAGCUCUGAACCCUGGUAAACUUAGAAACUUGGGAGUCUAACCUUUCGCUCUGAAAUGAAUGGAAUGUGCA